GCAGCACUUGCGCUCCAUACAACCGGAAAGCGUGCAGUUGAGCCAGAGAGUGAUGCGUCUUGUCAGGAUAUACGAUCUCCGCUGCGCCCUGUGAGCGUAGACGAUCUUCGCCGAACUCUUGACAGCUAGCAGGCAACUCCUCAUCGCCACAAGCAAAACUGGCUGAACAAGGGAAGGAAGGGGAGCGAUCCAAUUGAAGUCUCCCCUGCACUUCCUGAGAAGAGGAGUCAACCAUGGAUGACACCUCCUCUCUGAGCAAAGUCAGCAGUUCCACAGAGUCUGUGGCCACCGUCACCAGCGAGGAGUUUGUCCUGGUACAGCCCAGUGCUACUGGGUCACCACAGGGCACCGAGGGAAAACCGAGGCUUAAGAUGUCUCUGAAUGGUAGUGAGCAGCUAGAGAAAGCCAUGGAGGAAGUGCUGGGUGAUGACGAUGAUGACGAUGAUGUGAAGGUCGAGAAGAGCAGUGUGGAAAAGAUGGAGAAGCACAGCAACCCUGAGCUACAAGUCCUGGAGCUCAAACCACCAGCACCAGCUAGCCCCACCAUCCAAGAGGAGGACAGUGUGCAGUUCAACAAGCUGUCGUACCUGGGCUGCACUUGGGUCAAAGCCCCCCGUAAUGAGGCUGAAGCACAGAGGGCAAUGGCUACCUUGCGGGCUGAGAGUGCCAUCCCGAUCCCCAUUACUUUACAUGUACCCUGUGGACCAGAAGGCUCUGUGAGGGUUGUGGACCAGGCAUCAGGUACAGAGAUUUGUUCCUUCCCAAUUUACAAGGUCCUGUUUUGUGCUCGCGGACGGGACGAUUCUGUGGAAAGUGACUGCUUUUGCUUUACUGAGAGUUAUCGGAGCUCUGAAGACUUCCAAAUUCACGUCUUCUCCUGCCAUAUCAAAGAAGCGGUCAGCCGAAUCUUGUACAGUUUUUCUACAGCUUUUCGCCGCUCUUCCCGGCCAACUGAUGUCAGAGAUACGGCGCUCUUGAGUCCUCUUGACAGUGACCUCUUUAUUUUUACCGUCUCUCUGGAGAUUAAAGAAGAGGAUGGCAAGGGAAACUUCAGUCCAGUCCCCAAGGACCGAGACAAAUUGUACUUCAAGUUGCGACAAAGUGUUCAGAAGAAAGUUGUGAUUACAGUCCAGCAAAUUACCAACCGAGAGCUCGUCAUUGAAAGGUGUUUUGGAAUGCUGUUGAGUCCUGGACAGAAGGUUUGCAAUAGUGACAUGCAUCUGCUAGACAUGGAGUCGAUGGGGAAAAGCUCUGAUGGAAAGGCCUAUCUGAUCACAGGAACAUGGAACCCCAAUAUUGCAGCCUUCCAACCCCUGAAUGAAGAUACACCGAAAGAUAAGCAAGUCUACAUGACAGUGGCAGUGGACCUGGUCGUAACUGAGGUGGUGGAGCCAGUUCGCUUCCUGCUGGAAACAUUGGUCAGGGUUUAUCCCUCAAACGAACGUUUCUGGUACUUCAGCCGCAAGACCUUUAGUGAGACCUUCUACCUCAAACUUGGACAGCAUGCAUCAGAGAGGACAGGCCAGAGUGAUGCUGUGUAUGAGGUGGUGAGUCUUCAGAGGGAGGCAGAGAGAAGCAACGAUGGCAAAGGACAACUGACCUUGCCCACCGAAGAAGAGGAGGCAGAUGAUGAUAGUGACAGUGAAAUCUCCAGUGGAACGGGAGAUGUUUCCAAAGAUUGUCCUGAGAAAAUUCUGGAGCUGUGGGGAGCAAUCCUCAACAGAUGGCAUGGGAACCUGUCCACUCGUCCAAAGGGUCUGCACCCAUUGGUCCGCAGCGGCAUUCCAGAGCCACUGAGAGCUGAAGUGUGGCAGCUGCUGGCUGGUUGCCAUGACAACCAUGACCUGCUUGAACACUAUCGCAUCCUCAUCACCAAGGAUUCUGCUCAAGAGGGGGUGAUCACUCGAGACAUCCACCGUACUUUCCCUGCACACGACUACUUCAAGGACUCUGAUGGAGAUGGACAAGAUUCACUCUACAAGAUCUGCAAGGCCUAUGCUGUCUAUGAUGAGGAAAUUGGUUACUGCCAGGGCCAAUCAUUCCUUGCAGCUGUCCUCCUGCUGCAUAUGCCCGAGGAACAGGCCUUUUGUGUGUUGGUAAAAAUCAUGUUUGACUAUGGGCUCAGAGCCCUCUACAAGAACAACUUUGAAGAUCUUCACUGCAAGUUCUAUCAGUUGGAGAAGCUCAUGCAGGAACAGCUACCGGAUCUGUGGUCCCAUUUCCAAGAACUGAACUUGGAGGCACAUAUGUAUGCCUCCCAGUGGUUCCUCACUCUCUUCACCGCCAAGUUCCCUCUUUGCAUGGUUUUCCACAUCACUGAUCUUCUGCUUUGUGAGGGUCUGAACAUCAUCUUCAAUGUUGCCUUGGCUCUGCUCAAGACAUCCAAAGAGGAUCUCUUGCAGGCAGACUUUGAAGGGGCUCUCAAGUUCUUCAGAGUCCAGCUCCCCAAACGCUACAGAGCUGCAGAGAACGCCAGACGGCUGAUGGAACAAGCUUGCAACAUAAAGGUUCCGACCAAGAAGCUCAAGAAGUUUGAGAAAGAAUAUCAGACGCUGAAAGAGAGCCAGCUCCAGCAAGAAGACCCCAUUGAGCGAUACCAGAGGGAGAACCGCCGUCUUCAAGAGGCCAGCAUGCGGCUGGAACAAGAGAACGACGACUUGGCCCACGAACUGGUCACCAGUAAGAUUGCCCUAAGGAAUGAUCUUGACCAGGCAGAAGACAAGGCUGAUGUUUUGAACAAAGAGUUGCUGAGCACCAAGCAGCGUCUAGUGGAGACUGAGGAGGAGAAGAGACGACAGGAGGAGGAGACUGCUCAGCUGAAGGAAGUGUUCCGGAGGGAGCUGGAGAAAGCCGAGCUCGAGAUCAAGAAAACCACGGCCAUCAUAGCGGAGUACAAACAGAUCUGCUCCCAACUUAGCACCAGGCUGGAAAAGCAGCAGGCAGCAACGAAAGAGGAGCUGGAUAUUGUCAGGAGUAAAGUCACGGGUUGCGAGCACUGCCGAGAGCUGUUCAGCGGCCUGGGGUCCCUCCAGGUGUCGUCCCCGGGCCGCGACAACGCGACCUCCGAGCCGUUGGACGAGGAAAAAGAUGCACUGAAGGAGCAGCUCAGACAGAUGGAACUGGAGCUGGCACAGACUAAACUACAGCUGGUCGAGGCCAAGUGUCGCAUUCAGGAGCUCGAACACCAGCGAGGAGUCCUGAUGAACGAGAUCCAAGCGGCCAAGAACUCUUGGUUGAGCAAAACCUUGAGCUCUCUCAAGAGCUCAGCCUCAUCUUCGUCCACCUCCUCUUCCCAGAGUCCGUGUUCUCCAAAGGAAGGGCCGGCCUAGAGUUCUUCACGAUCGCACACAGGACAAAUGCAGUCUUUCCUUUUCUGUCUAUCUGGACUGGGACUAGAUAGAAGAAGGAAAGGUGAAGCAAAGCAGGACACGGACCUGGCCCGAGUAAAUCCAGACAAUAUGGCCUCCUUUGCAGGUGAUGGAGUAUCAGUUCUGUUCGCCCCGUUAUAGCACUCAAACCUCACUAAAAAGCCGAACGGCUUCUUAGCGAGGUUCUAGUGCUUCGUCGCAGUUAUAGUGAUUUCAUUUGAAUUAUAUUGCAAAAAAAAAAAAAAAUUAUAAGAAGAAUAUUGUUGUCUAUGAUGACGUUAUAGCGUAUAUUGUGAUUUGGAGUACUGCAAAGCUACUCUGAAUGGGAGUACUGCAUUGAACGUUGACCCAACACAGCGUUUGUGUUCUUUCUUAAUAGAAUUCUAACUUAAAACACUGUCCUAACAAAAUGUUUCAAAUUAAUUCUUGUUUUUUUUAAUAACCUUGUACAGUUCGUAAAGAGGUAAAAAAAAAAAAAAAAAAGUUUUGUUAGAAAUUUCCUUGUGAUCUCUGUAAGCACAGCGUGUUAACCGUUCCGGUGUAGUCGAAACGCUGACGAGCCAAAUGGACGUCCUCUUGAGUCGGUUUCACUUCGGCCUCCCCACUCGGGGGUUUUAUUGGAUUCUGCCUGUCACGCCAAUCUGCAUUUCACCCAUUAUCAACACAUCCAGUUGGUGCCUGCGAGUAUUUCAUUUGUUUUCAAUGAAAGCAAAUUCCUACUGAAGUCAGAAUAUGUCCGUUGUUCUAAAGAGGACACGUUCUUCCCUUACGUGUUGUUUCCGUCUUUUGAUACUUCCAUUUUAUUUUGAAUGAUGUAAUAACGGUGGCCGAUUGCUGCAUAGCCCCCCCCCACAUAUCUCUGCCGUAUGUUGGGUUAAGUUGCACUGGUUCAGUAUUGAGUUUCAAAUCGUUCCCUUUAUAUUCUCGCGCUCCAAUAGCCCUUCUUUAUUGCCAAAAUCGAAGGCCGCAUGCACCAACACCUUGUUUGCGGUUCACCAUGUUAAAAAUGAGAAAUACCUCUGACUGUUGCGGAGCCGGAGAGCGCACAGUUCUCAUCGUAAAUGGUGAUGAUACACCACCCACCCCCCACCCCCACACACACACACACACACACUCACUUGAACAAGCCAAUUACAGAAAGCAGUUGUAGCUGGUGUGCAGCAGAGAGAGUGGAAAUGUUUUUUUAGAAGAUUUUUUUAUUUAGGAAGAGUAUAUGGAAAAUUUUUGCAUGGUGGAGUAGUGAUUAGCACCCCAGGCCUUCCUGUGUGGGGGGUUUACAUGUUCUCUGUGUACUUGUGUGAGGUGUUUUUUCCCCUCCGAGUACUCUGGUUCACUCCCACGUUCCGAAACAAUAAACAAGCAUGUUAGGUUAUUUGAAACGAAAUUGUAUGUGAAUUUGAGAGUGAUAGUUUCUAGUCUACUGUACGUGCCAUCCGAUUGGCUGUCGGCCAGUCCAGGUUGUACCCGGCCUCUUGCCCAAAAUCCGGCAUAAAUCACCAAUUGGAUUUCAAAAUAAAAGCAUUAGUUCAUGUCAGUUAGCAGGCGCAUUAUACUCCGUCUUCAGUGCCAACAAUUUGUUUUUUACCCCGGCUGCUGUCCGCCUUUUGGACUGCGUGCGAACAUGCGUGCGUUGGCUCAACGAGACUUGGAAUCUUUUCCGUUGGCUGCCUUUUUGGUGCCACGCCAUGGCAGCCUCACUGGUCCCAUUGGGUCCUGGCGGACGCCCACUCGGUCAAGCGGCCGAACUGGACCAAUUGCACGAAAGUGGGGGAAGACGCCGAUGUUUCCGUUAACAUUCCUACUGCUUUUUCCAUGAUGUGACCAUCCCGACAACGUUUUGGGCCAGACCCUCGCCAUUUACAUACACUAACACAAACAUGACUAUACGAUUUGGGUUGGUUUAAAACUUCAUAAUGAUUUUAGCUGAGAAUUGUUGUUCCAGAUAGGAUGGUUGCCAGUUUAUCCUUCACUCUGACUGUUCACAUUGAGAGGCGAUUGUUAAGUCACUGUCUGAUCUGUAUUAAUAAAUGUCAUGGCUUCUAUUCA